GAAUGACGUUCAGCUGUCAUCUUCUAUUCUUCUUCUUCCCAUAACUGCCAAUAAACGUCUCUGUAGAGUCUUAUCGACGCAUCCGCCUCCGCCUUUCCGUCCACUCUUCUUCUUCUUCUUAACUGCUUAUACGGAGUGAAAUCGAAUAGCGCGUAUAAGUUUGUAUUUGUACUGAUCAACAGGGCGCGUUUAUGGCGGAGCCUCCUCGGAGCGACGCGUUUCUGGAAGAGCGCCGUGAUAACGACGCCGGAGCGGUGUUCGUGCUGGAAUCCAAAGGGGAAUGGUGGCACGCUGGAUUUCACCUGACGACGGCGAUAGUGGGGCCCUCUAUACUGACUCUGCCUUACGCGUUCCGGGGGCUGGGUUGGGGCCUGGGGUUCCUCUGCCUCACCGCCAUGGGAGUGGUGACCUUCUACUCCUACUAUCUCAUGUCUCUGGUGCUUGAACACUGUGAGAAGUCCGGCCGUCGCCACAUCCGCUUCCGCGAGCUCGCCGCCGACGUUUUAGGUUCUGGAUGGAUGUUUUAUUUUGUAAUAUUCAUUCAAACAGCCAUUAACACUGGAAUUAGCAUAGGAGCAAUUUUGCUUGCUGGAGAAUGCAUCCAGAUCAUGUACUCGAACCUUUCACCCCAUGGGUCGUUGAAGUUGUAUGACUUCAUAGCAAUAGUAACGGGAGUCCAGAUAGUUCUCUCGCAGUUUCCAUCCUUCCACUCCCUCAGGCAUAUCAACCUGGUUUCCCUAUUCCUGAGUUUGGGCUACACUUUCCUUGUAGUUGGUGCUUGCAUUCGUGCUGGAAUGUCCAAAAAUGCACCUUCAAGAGACUACUCAUUAGAAACGUCGGAGUUGUCUCGAGUGUUCAGUGCAUUCACUUCCAUAUCCAUUAUAGCUGCCAUUUUUGGAAAUGGUAUUCUGCCUGAAAUACAGGCAACUCUUGCUCCACCAGUAACAGGAAAGAUGGUGAAAGGGCUCACAAUGUGUUACUCUGUGAUUCUUGUCACCUUCUAUUCUGCUGCGGUGUCUGGAUAUUGGGCAUUUGGAAACAAGUCCAAUUCAAACAUCCUCAAGAGCUUAAUGCCAGAUGAUGGACCUUCAUUGGCUCCAACAUGGGUAUUAGGUCUUGGGGUUAUGUUUGUUCUUCUUCAGCUCUUCGCUAUUGCCCUGGUGUAUUCUCAGGUGGCCUAUGAAAUAAUGGAAACAAAAUCUGCAGAUGUGAACAAAGGGAUGUUCUCUAAGAGAAACUUAAUUCCGAGGAUAAUUCUCCGGUCACUGUACAUGGCACUGUGUGGGUUUUUUGCAGCUAUGUUACCAUUCUUUGGGGACAUCAAUGGCGUAGUUGGAGCAAUUGGGUUCAUCCCUCUGGAUUUCAUUCUCCCAAUGCUCCUCUACAACAUGACUUUCAAACCCUCCAAGUCAUCCCUAACCUUCUGGAUUAACAACUUAAUCAUUAUAGUGUUCACAGGUGCAGGACUUCUGGGCGCAUUCUCUUCUAUAAGGAAGUUGAUCCUUGAUGCCAAUAAAUUCAAGCUGUUCAGUAGUGACGUUGUGGACUGACAACAUUGUUGUAUAAAUUUGUCUCUAUAAAUAGAAAUGAAUGCUCUGAUCUUAGCUAGCUAGCUAAGCUAGCUUGUGCUUCAUGUAAUGUAAUACUUAGCUCUAAACAGUUUGAAUGUAUAGACGUAUAGUAUACUACAAAGAAAUGAGAAGAAAAUGGACGGUGCAUGGUGUAGAGAGUUUUGAGGUGAAUACACGCAAUCAUGCAAAAAUUGUGGAG